AUGGCGCAAGCAACUGGAACUUACAAUAAUCCCCUGAAGAAGUUCAAAUUGGUCUUCCUUGGGGAGCAAAGCGUUGGCAAGACUUCUCUUAUUACACGUUUCAUGUACGACUCUUUCGACAACAUGUACCAAGCAACGAUUGGUAUAGAUUUCCUCUCUAAAACUAUGUACUUGGAAGACAGAACUGUGCGAUUACAAUUAUGGGAUACUGCUGGACAAGAGAGAUUUCGAAGUUUGAUUCCUUCAUACAUUCGCGAUUCUAGUGUAGCCGUGGUGGUCUAUGAUAUUUCAAAUCGAAAAUCGUUCCAAAACACAAGGAAAUGGGUGGACGACGUCAGAGGAGAACGAGGAAACGAUGUCAUUAUUGUAUUGGUUGGCAACAAGACAGAUUUGAACGACAAAAGAGAAGUAACUACAAGCGAGGGUGAAGAGGAGGCAAAGAAGAACAACUUGAUGUUCAUUGAAACCAGUGCAAAACUGGGUCACAACGUGAAGACUUUAUUCAAGAGGAUAGCUCAGGCUUUGCCUGGGAUGGAAGGCGCUGAUAAUGCAGCGACGCCGAACCAAAUGAUUGAUGUUAACGUCAACCCAACUCCUGCAAGUCAAGAAGGAUGUGCAUGUUAA